CGUGAUCAUCUUCUUCUUUACACAUCGAUCGGGUAGGGUUUUGGGGGUUCUCGUACCGAGAGAUUCAAAUGGCGCUUAGAGGAGUUUGGCAGCUCAAGAAACUCGUUGUCAGCUACUGUAAUUGGGGUGGUAGCAGUAGAGGCAUCAGAGCCUUUAUGGAAUCAGAAUUGCCUGCACUAAAAGAGAAAAACCCGCAGCUCGAAGUGGUUACGGAGCUUUCACGAGGACAGCAUCCUUAUUUGAAGGGCAUUUACAGGAAUAGAAAUGAAAGAGUGGUGUGUGUGAAGAACAUGGAUCCUGAAGAAGUGCUUCUGAAUGCAACAAGGCUGAGGAACUCGCUUGGAAGGAAAGUGGUGAAGCUUAGGACCAGACAUGUCACCAAACACCCCAGUGUUCAAGGCACCUGGACUACCGCUGUCAAAUUCUGAGACCUUUCCUACUUACUUCAUAGUUUGCAGGUUUUUCUUUUAGCUGGUUAAUCCAAUGUUGCAAGUAUCAGGAUUGAUUGUUUAUCUAUGUUUACAAUCCCAAGUUGUCUUUACCGUUUGUGACCCUGGACAAAGAUUCAGUCUUCAAAUGUUUUGCAGUGUAUGCAAUGUUUGAAUUUUGUUUUGUCCUUCUGCUUCAAUCUAUAAUAAGAUUUUUAAACAA